AUGAAUAUUUGGCAACAGAAAUAUUUGUUUGGUGUGUUUUGUUCGGGUGUUAUAUUUCUACUGCAGUCCGUAAUCAUUGGAAAUGCAGCUCGCACGGAUAUUGAAGGUUUGGAAUUACUUUUUCGACAAAGAACUCCCGAUGAUUGGCAAAAUGUUUGGCACAGCGAAAGUCAUUCUCGUUGUCGUGACAAAUUACUGCGCCACAUGUAUUGGGCUUGUGAAAUGGAUAUUUAUCGCCUAACACGACGUGGUGAAUUUCAGACCAAUGAAGCUAUUGUGAAAAGAAGCAAAGUUCACUCCCCAAUGACGAAAUGGUUUACACCUGAUAUUGCUCAUGCCUUCUUAAGGACACGCCGCACCCGGGAUCCAUCGAUAACCAGUGAAUGUUGCACCAAAACCGGUUGUACAUGGGAAGAAUAUGCCGAAUAUUGUCCAUCGAAUAAGCGACGCAAUCAUUAUUGA